AUGCGUCUCUCAACGAUCCUCUCUGCACUUGUGCUUUCUAGCGCUGUUCUGGCAAAGCCCGCCCCUCAAGUCUCUUCAUCACAGGGUGAUGUUGAACCAACGGAGCAGUCUAUUGCACCGCAAGUGACAAAGGCAGCCGAGCCGGCCCCGACGACGGAGACUGAAGCUGCUGAGCCAAGUACAACUCGUGCUGUCAACAGCCAGCAAGAGAACAACCAGGAAGAGACGAAUGAGAACACUGAGAAGCAAACGACAACAGCGGUCGCCCCGGCUGCCACCAAGAAUGAUCAAGAGGAAGAUCCUUUGGGCGGUAUUAUUUCGUCCAUUCUUCCCUCAAAGUCAGACACUGCCGACCAGACUUCGGAUGAGACUGCUGCUCCCACCGAAGCUUCAGCUCCAACAAGUACAAAAGAACAAGAAGAGGCCACGACCACCAAGUCUCGAGGCUCCUCAACCGCCUCCAGUAGCGACAACCCUCUGGAAGGGCUCAUUCCCGAUGGUACCAGCGGCAACCCCAUAACGGACAUUGGCAAUUUCCUCCAGGGUAUCACUGGUCUGCUCUCGCCCACGUUGAUCAAAGAUAUCGAGUCGUUCUUCCACCACAUCGCAUAUCUGCUUGAUGACAAGACUACGCAACAGGCUAAGGAUCUGCUUAACCUCGCGUCAGGCCUGUUGACCAAGGACUUGAUCAACAAGCUUGAGACUAUUCUCGACAACGCGAGCGAGCUCUUGACUAAGGACACCGUGGAUGAGCUUAAGAAACUGCUUAAGAAUCUCGGCCCGCUGUUGACGCCUGAUCUAUUCAAGCAGAUCUCCAGUCUUCUGAAGAACGGCAACGCGCUUCUGACAGCUGAUUUCGUCAAGGAAGUCAACUUACUGAUCGGAAAUGCCAAUACCUUGUUAACUCCCGAAUUAGUCAAGGAACUUAAGGGCCUGCUUGACUCUGCUGGUCCUCUUCUCACACCUGAUCUAUUUAAGCAGAUCUCCAGUCUUCUAAAGAAUGGUAACGCGCUUCUUACUGCUGACUUUGUUAAGGAGGUCAACUCACUGAUUGGAAACGCCAAUACCUUGUUGACUCCCGAAUUGGUCAAGGAACUCAAGGGCCUGCUUGACUCUGCUGGUCCUCUUCUCACGCCCGAUCUAUUCAAGCAGAUUUCCACGCUCCUGAAGAACGGCAACACGCUUCUCACUGCUAACUUUGUCAAGGAGGUCAACUCACUGAUUGGAAACGCCAACACCUUAUUGACUCCUGAAUUGGUUAAGGAACUUAAGGGCCUGCUUGACUCUGCUGGUCCUCUUCUUACGCCCGAUCUAUUUAAGCAGAUUUCCACGCUCCUGAAGAACGGCAACGCGCUUCUUACUACUGACUUUGUUAAGGAGGUCAACUCACUGAUUGGGAACGCCAACACCUUGUUGACUCCUGAAUUAGUUAAGGAGCUUAAGGAGUUGCUCAAGGCUGCCGGUCCUCUUCUAACACCUAGUCUGAUCAAGGAUAUCAGCACCCUCCUCAAGAACGCUAUCAACUUGCUGAGCGCGGACUUUGUGAAGAACACCAAGGGAUUGAUCAACACUGUGUCGCCAGUCAUCACCAAGGGGCUCCUUGCUGAAGUUGCUGGCUUGUUGGGCAACGCCAACCACUUGUUGACACCUGAAUUCGUGAACGACACCCAGUCGUUGAUCGAGUCUGUUGGUCCUCUGCUCAAGCCUUCGUUAUUCAAGGAAAUCAGCUCACUCCUGGGAAACGCCAACGACCUAUUGACUGCGGACUUUGUCAAGGAGACCCGCAGCUUGAUUGGUGCUGUCUCCCCUGUUCUGACGCCCGCCGUUCUCAAGGAAGUUGCCGGCUUGUUGGGCAACGCCAACGAUCUCCUCACCAAGGACUUCGUUAACGAAACCCGCGGUCUCAUCGGAACUGUUUCUCCCGCCAUCACACCCCAGCUCCUCAAGCAAGUCAGCGGCCUCCUCGGAAAUGCCAAUGACUUGUUGACCAAGGAAUUCGUGAAGGAUACCAAGGGAUUGAUCACGGAGCUCGGCCCGAUCGUCGAUGACGGUGCCAUCGGCGACCUGCUCACAAACGCCAACCACCUCUUGACGCCUAAGUUCGUCAAUGAGACAUCUGGAUUGAUCAGCAGUGUCUCACCCGUCAUCACACCCUCUCUCCUCAAGGAAGUCGGUGAUGUCCUGGAUCACGCCAACAAGCUGCUCACUGAGAAGUUCGUCGAGGAAACUCAGAGCUUGAUCAGCAACGUUGGCCCCGUCAUCACACCCAAGCUCCUCAACAAUGUGACCGCGCUGGUUGGAAACGCCACUGGCCUCCUGACGCCGAAAUUCGUCGACGAGACCAAGGGUCUCAUUGAUGAGGUCGCGCCCGUCAUCACCCCCGAGCUUCUCGGCCAGGUCGGCGGCCUCCUGAACAACGCCAACGAUCUGCUGUCCAAGAAGUUCGUUAACGAGACGACGACUUUGAUUGAUGACGUUUCUGAGUUGCUUCCUGUUCUGAUGCAGAUCUUGGGUAGCUUAUGA